AUGGAUACGGCAAGGCUUACCGCGGCAACUUUUGCCUCCCUACCUUCAGAGCUUCUCAGUAUGAUCGGCAAUUUCCUCGACAACACGCACGACCUUUCGAAUCUCGCUCGUAUCAAUCACACGUUCUACCGCGUCUUCAAUCGUUUGCUGUAUAAGGCCGCCGUCAAGGACCACCAUCCAGGCCCGACAAUCGAAGCAGCGAGCAACGGGAACCUCGGAACUCUAAAGCUCGCAGCUGAACACGGCGCCUAUCUUGACUACCAUCAUGUCAAGCCGCUCACAGCAGAUGAAAUCGCGGCGAAGAGUAUAAGAUACCGAUUGUCUCCACGCGCCCGCUGGGGGGCACCCCUCCACUUCGCCAUUAUCUACGGCCAUCAGCAUAUCGUUGAAUGGUUGAUGUCCAAAGACGUCGAAAUCGAGGCUCCGGCGCGACUUUACUGCGGGUGCGAGAACCCUCACAACAUCCUCGAUUACCACAGAUGUUUCCGCGACCGCUACGAUAACAGUGUCAUGGUCUGGACACCGUUGCAUUACGCUAUUUGCCAUAGGCAGACUGAGAUCGCACAUAUCCUACUUUCGGCUGGCUCGUCGCCGCUUUGCACGGUUCCCCCGCGGCCAGAGUCAUGGCCACCUGGGCUGGAAAUUCUUGAGGAGCUGUACUCGGAUCGUCCGACAAGAAUCCGUCACAGAUGUAUGAAUGGUUUUACCUAUAGCAACACUUGUGCUCUUUAUUGGGGAAGAAAUGUUUGCAUCACGGCGCUCGAUACGGCAGUGGCGACCGGAGAUAAGUCAAUCGUCACGCGCCUCAUAAAGGAUAUCGGAAUGGAUCCAAACCGUCUGAGGGGCGGCGCUCACAGCAGCGUUUUCCAAUAUUCGGCAACAUGUGGUGAUGAGUCAAUGAUUGACCAUCUCGUCUCACUCGGGGCUGAUCCGAGGCUGCUUCUGAAAGCAGAUUGGGACUAUGACAAGUUCCCUAUCAACAUCGCUUUUUGCAUGCACCAUGCAUCCGCUGCUUCCAAGUUGGUAGAAUGUGGCACGCCGAUAUGGUCUAGGGAGGACGUGUGGGAUUAUGACAUCGACUCUUUCGAAAAGGUCGAGAAGCCGAUUGCUCUCUUAACCGAGGUACUUGCAGGCUGGGAUUAUGAGUCUCCUCGUACGAAUACGCGGUUCUGUGGACUUACAGAAAAGUGCUGCGACCACGACGAGCACGAAAUCGCAGCAAAGAAAAAGGCAUUUCUCAAGCUCGCGCAGCGCACAGUCGAGGAAGUCCCCCACGAAGUAUCAACCGACGAACUGAAGGAUAUUCUGACGCGAGGACUCAUCGCUAUGUUUGAUCACGCAGACUUCUGCGAUGAAGACUUUUCUGAAUACGCCAGGAUCAUCAAACCUGCUCUGGAAGAAGGUGCAAUUGGUGAAUUCCGGCAAUCGACACUUUCUCUCUUGGUAAACCACAAAACAAGAGACUAUGAGUUUGCUCAAAUGCAUGGCAUCACGUUUCUGUUGGACGACCAAUGGUUUGGUGAGCCUAUCACACAUAUCGACAAUAGACUGAUGAAGAGAACCUUGGACAGGGCGGUGAGAAAAAUUCCAUGGCUAGACGACGACGGCUAUGCCAUUUUGACAAAUACAGAUUGCCUGAUCAGAACAAUGGAACUUUUGAGAGUGCACGGAGCUUGGAAGGACGCCCGAGAACAACCUGGAAGAAUUUCCACGGAGGAAAAGAGCUCCUGGAGCCUUGCUGGCACCAUAGUGAAGGGCGAGAAGUGCUCGGAGCUCUCUGGUCAAUGGAACAAGCUCAGGUCCGACGAGUUGAAGAUUAUCCCCUCAAAGUUUCGGCACAUCUUCACAAAGGUCAGAUGGGAAUCUUAG